AUGGACCCCGCGGCACAGCAGGACAGCGCCCGCUGUCCAUCGCAGCCAACGUCGCCGGGAAUCCUCAGCUUUGCCGUGGCAAUCGUCGCGGCGGCGUACGGCCUUCCUGUCCUGGUUCAAGACCGAUUCUGCGUGGCUUUCGGACCUGGUGCCCUCGUGCCUGAGAGCUGGGGCUUCACGACCAACGUCGCCAUGGCCUGGCCGCCGGACCGCUCCAAGACGCUGGAGCUGGUUCGGCAGAGGGAAGCCCUGACGGCACGGGUGCAGGUCACGCAGAUGAGCAUGAUUUCUUCGUGA